AUGUCGCAGCAAUUAAACACAGGAGAAUAUAUCGUAGACGGCGAGAGCAGCGAAAAAUGUAGACCACCUAUGACGGAAAUCAAGAACGAGCAAGACGAGGCGAUACGGAAGGAGAUAAAACAGAAGGAAAAAUCGGGGAACAGGGUGCCGGUAGAGCAAUUCCUUAAUCCGGCUGGAAUAGAAAGGAACGUAACGAAGAAAUCAGCGGCGACGACAUCGACGAAAGCUAAAUUCGGGAAACAGGAAGGAUCCUCCAGCAACCAACGACUGGGAUCAAGGUUAAACGAACCGGUGGAGGGAAACGAAGACAAGUUUUUAGACGCUGACACGAAUAACGAGAUGAUGCUAAAUCCGGCAAAGUAUAUUCUCAAAGUGGAUACAAAUUCGGAUCCCGGGGCAAUCGACGACUUCUGCGAUGAUAUCCAAUAUCUGGAUGAAAAAAAAGAAAUAGCGCCUGACAACGUGGAACCACUGUACGAAGAGUUAAAAAAAAUAUACGACUGGAACGAGGACGAGACAAAAGUAAAACCUCGAAUAAAGGGAGAUCAGAGGACGUAUCAGGAAUCUUACGACAAAGUAGAUCCCAUCGAUAGAGUAGCGGGCGAACCGUUUAAAGAUCAAGUCGAGCCUCCCAUUUCCAAUAAAUUAUUGGCCCGACUUACUUUCUUUCGCUCUAUAAACCUUGAAUCACAGGUGAGCGGAGUGAGAAACGGCGGGGCCAAAGGGAAAGAUGCCGUGAGCUGGUCAUUAACGGGCCAGAAGCAAUAUAUUGACACAGAUUCGCGUUCUCCUUACGAGAACCGUAAAUAUCUGGAAUCACAGGUUCCACGUGGAUGGGAACACGUCCAAAAUAUAGAUCGCGUGAAACAGACGAUCGUUAGCUCUAAGGACCUGCAUGAAUCUUUUGUCGAGCCCCUGGAAUGGAUCGACGAUUUCGACAAAGACAUAAGGGUCAGACUCAGCAGAAGCUUGAAAACCGUCGAUUCGAACACGCUUGCAUAUAUUGAAUCUAGUACAACGAAAUAUGAAAAGAGUCCGGUUAAUGGUUUCAUCGAUAGGGCUCCGAUUGAAAAUGGAACGACGUUAAAGACUGAAGAUUCCACCAAGGUUGCCCUCGUUAGCCAUCCGCCUUUAGAUAUUCAACAAUUAUUUCAAGAUGAUAGAAGAACGAAAAGGGAAGUUGGGACUCUUUAUGAUACGUAUGACGAUGACGAGGAUCGACGUAAUCGCGAUUCCGAGAGAGUGGACGACUAUGAUCUGUAUUCGAGCGACAAAGAAAAGACGAGCGACAAUUUUCAGCUAUUAAACGCGUACGAUGACACAGAUGAUGAGAAUCAGGAGCUAUUUAACUCGAAGGAUGUCGAAGAGUAUGACUAUCUGGACGAUGACGAGGACGAUUACGGAGGCAUUGUUAGAAACGCAGAUUCAAAAAGAAAAGAACAUGCCGUUAAGAAGAAGAGUUAUGGGAAAGCGUUAAAAAAAAGGAAAAAGGAAGAUCAUGCCGCUAAGUCGAAUAAGAAUCGCAGAGAACGAAGACAUCGCAAGAACAAAAAGAUGACAACAAGAAAACGUGGUAAAAAACAUAAAAAAGGUACGUCAAAGAAUGGAAACCGUCAUACUAACAUUAAAAAGAGCAAAGUUACACAGGACGAAGAGAAAGCUCAUAACGAAGGAGAGGAACAUCACGAUAGAAUUAAAGAAGAAGAUGUAAGUAAUCGAGUGAGAUUUUUUAAAAAAUACGAACGAUAUAACAAGACAACGAUGAAUUUGGACAACGAUAUCCAGAGGAAAAAAUUCUCCACGCUUUUGGUAGCUGAUAACGUGGAAGACGAAUCUCAAAUGGAUUCGGCUCUUCACGGUGAACUCGCUGCAAAGAUCGUGGAACAAAUUUUCGACCAGGUAUUCAAUAUUUUCUAUUACAAUAGACACGCGCAGUCUACUUAUUAUAUUUCCAUGAAAUCGUCAGAUACAAAAGAACGAGGACCUGAAGGUAUCGUUAGGUCCAGGUCUUUAUCAUAAACACAAAACUAGAGACACCAUGGCAGCUGACAAAUCGUAUCGUCAGACCAACGAUGACGACGAGGUAGAUUCCUAAUAUUCUUGUAAUAAUUCCCUUUAACACCUUGCAAACGCUUUAUGCGUUUUACUCUGACAG